UCAAUAUUGUCACGUUUCCAACAGUUUCCCCAUGUUUCUUCCUCCUCCCUAAGUCACCUCCCUCCGAUGCCUGGCCAGGACAGUGUGCUGAGAUGGGCUGGGAAGAAGUACGAGGAGUUGCCAAUAGCACAUAUCAAAGCCACAUAUAACAAUACACAUGUCCAGGUGACAGACUGCGAGGGCCAGUUCAUGGUCAGAACAUCAUGUGGAACAGAGGGGUUCAAGAACGUCAAGAAGUCCACUCCCAUCGCUGCUCAGACAGCAGGCAUCUCAGCUGCAGCGAAGGCCACGGUGGUGGGGGUGACGUUUGUCCGUGUGUUGGUGAAAGGUCUGGGUCCUGGACGCCUGGUGAGAACCUUUUGAUGACUUCAUCACAGUUCACAA